CUUUUGACGCGUGGUCCAAGAUACUGUGGGAAGACAUCCAUCAUUCCUCCGUCCUCCUGCGGAUCAACGCAGUUUCCCUUAGCAACGUAGCGUGCGAAGAAUAGACCGAGCCAUGGCCGAAUGACCGCGACCACCUCUUGAUCAUCGACGUCCCAAGUUCCGACUUUCGACUUUCGACUUUCGCUUUCAUCCUCCCACCUUCGAAACUCUGCCAGGAACCCGUUCGUCUGGCCCAUCACGAUGAACGGCACGUCAAUACCAAGGCCGAGCCGGCCUACUAGCUCGCAGGAGCUUGCGGCCAUGGCAGAAGACUUCCAGUUUCAGCAUACGAUUCCUUUCAAGUACUGGGCUCGCUCCGCCGAUACCCUCUAUCAAGAAGCAGGGUUCGCAAUGGAGGAAGGCGACUAUCGAAAGGCCUAUCUUAUGCUCUGGCGUCACUCCAUCCUGGUCCUCAAGCACCUCAAUACGCACCCCGAAGCGAAAUCGCCCGUGAACAAAAUUAUCGCUAAGCCUCUCCGAGACCGACAGAGCAAGGAAGUCUUCAAGCGCCUCGAACAACUGAAGCCGCUGAUAGAUCGGGAGUACGAGGAAUGGAAGUCCAUGACAGCAUCACAGAAGCAGAUAGAGGCUGAACGUUCCCAUUCGAGGGUCCGGAGUUACGACAGCUUCUCUGCUCGGGACCCCACCCUGAGCGGCAAGGCCAAGGUGCUUGACGUGGGGGACAACCAGGACCUUGCCAUCGGCCUUGCGCAACGAGACUAUCAGCUCCGAGAUGCGCGGAGGAGGGGCACACGGCAGGCAGGCGUCACCGAAGAGCUGGAGAUGGAACGUCGCAAGGGGGGCACGUGGGAUGACUGGAACGUACAAGAUCAUAAGCCCCCUCCAGAGUCCGAACACCCACUCGAGCGGAAACCCGAACCAAAACACGAAGGAAGCCUCCCAGAGGGACCAAUAAAUGACAUAGACGAGGAUGAAGAGUUGCGGAAGCAGAUGGAGGCGACGCGGCGCUGGCUGGAUUACAACGCCGUGGGCGAAGAAGAGGACACCGCACGUGUCGAGGAUGCCUUCCGCCAUACCAUGAGCCCGAGCUCGACCACCUCGAGCCAAAGCCCGACCACGGGAUUGAAACGGACCCCCUCUUUGCCGCCGCCGAGACUUGCCAGCCGACCUUAUCAUUACCCUUCGAUUUCCCGACCGAAACCUCUCGAGACGGAGAGGGCGCAUCUCGACCCGCGCCCGGCCCCGUUGCCGCCGCCCUUGAGGCCACCGAAGGAAGCCGUCGCACCCACCACCCACAGACUUGACUCGGGACCUCCCGAACGGCCCCGCAAGGAGCCCGAGCCCGCGGCGGCCUAUAAGCGGCUGCCUUCUCCGACAAGAGCCCCGCGCCGGCCUCCGAAGGAGCAGGCGGCGAUAGAACCACCGCCCAAGAAGGAACGCAUUGCCUUCCGGCCAGCGGCAUAUCUGGAGAACGGCGACCCCAUUCGGCCCGUCUUCAUCCCCACCCGUCUCAAGGAGGAGUUCCUCAAGAUCGCGUCUGACCACACCAGGAAGGGGCUGGAGAUGUGCGGCAUGCUCUGUGGCCGGCCCAUCAACAAUGCCCUUUUCGUCAGCUGCCUCCUCAUCCCGGAGCAGAAGUCCACGUCGGACACGUGUGAAACGGAAAACGAGUCGGGCAUGCUGGAAUACUGCAUCAACGAGGACCUGCUGAUGCUCGGCUGGAUCCACACACAUCCGACCCAGACGUGUUUCAUGAGUUCGCGGGACUUGCACACCCAGGCUGGCUACCAGGUCAUGAUGCCGGAGAGCAUUGCCAUCGUGUGCGCCCCGCGGCAUGAGCCUUCGUAUGGCAUUUUCCGCCUCACCAACCCGCCCGGGCUACCUCACAUUCUCCAGUGCACAAAGACGGAGACCUUCCACAUGCACGACAUCGACAAUAUUUACACGCGCGCCAGUCAGCCCCACGGGCACGUAUACCACUCGGACAAGCUCGAUUUCUAUGUUCAAGACCUGCGCCCCGAAACGAUGAGACAAGUCUAG